CAGACUUUCACAAUCGGAAUAGACUUUCUUGUGGCCGAGCUGCGUCUUAAGUAACGGCUUUUGUGUAGCGAGAUACACUGAAGUUUUUGAAAUAAUAGUGUUUUUGAUACCGGCAACCGAUAUUAUUUGCCGUUAACGGGGUGAAAAUAUAAUUGACAAUGUUGCAGUCGCGUCUGUCCUUUGGGGCACCGGUUCCCACAUCCAUGGCGACCAAUUCCAAUAUGCUGAAUUUCCCCGCCGGCCGUGUUCCACCCGGUUUGUCGGCGCAUCGCAGUCAGCCGUUCCCCGCACCCAGCCUGUCGCCCCCGGGGAACACCGGGACAGGUGGAUAUUUCGUGCCGCACCCCACCACCGAGAAGGGCGCCCGCAAGCCGAAAUGUGCACGCUGUCGCAAUCACGGCAUGGUGUCCUGGCUGAAAGGGCACAAACGCCACUGCCGCUUCAAGGACUGCGUUUGCGCCAAGUGCAAUCUGAUUGCCGAACGACAGCGUGUGAUGGCAGCACAGGUGGCGCUGAAACGGCAGCAAGCCGCGGAAGACGCCAUCGCCAUCGGAAUCCAGGCUAUUGCUACCGGCCGCAACUUGGGAUAUCUGCCACCGGGUCCUAUUUUUGGCGAGAGGGGAUCGUCCGAUAAUCAAUCUGAAUCCCGCUCGAACCGUACGGAAAACAGCCGACAAACCAAUGCACAAGAAACACCGGAAAGAAGUACUGGUAGUAAGACAGGGUCACAGUCGAAAGAUUACGAUUUCACCGACAGCCGAUCUCCAUCGCCAUCCUUCUCGUCCGACCGCGACGACAGUUCCAUCGAGGCGGUAUCCCCAUCCGCAGCUAAAAUCCCCGACGAAAUUCCGCGCGAAAAAUUGACCCCAUCCUUACCCGCAUCGCCACGCGAAGCGGCGCCGCGCAAACGCAAAUCCUUGUCCCCCGAACCGGUCAAAUUCCUCAAAGAACGCAAACCGCUUGAAACCAGUAAACCGGGGAGAAAAGAGGCGGACAUGAACGACAACGCCACCAAACUGCAGAUGCUGCACCGCAUCUUCCCGCAGCAGUCCACCGCCGCGCUGCAGCUGACGCUCAACGGCUGCCACGGCGAUCUGUGCAAAGCCAUCGAGCAGCUUUUCUCCAGCAACGAUCUCCCGCGCUGCGCCGACUACGAGAAGAAACCUGCCAUGAACGCCUCGCCGCCCGUGAAAUCCGCCUUCAGUCCGCUGUUGCCCGGCAAUUUGAUGGGCUAUCCGCACUUCCCUGUUCACAGCCCGUCCAUGUUCACAUCGGCCGCAGCGCAUUUCCACCCGUUUCUGCUGCCAAACUGUGCGCCAGCGGGCGUCGUACAGGGGAACACUGCAGCGGCGCCGUAUUACCCGCAGCGCACACUGGAGCGCAGUAUGCUGUGGCAGCCGUACAAUUACGUGCCGAAACGGAUGAAACCGGGAAAUACGGAGGCGCGCUGUAAUAAGCGGGAUAUACACGAUAGCGGCAGCGAACGCGGCAUCAGCCGGAGUUCGGAUGGGGAUUUUACGGAAAUGUCCAGCUAAAUUAAACCAUAUAUAUUAUGCGCUUUUGGAAUCUUCAUUGUAAUGCAUACUUUUAUAGUGCAAUACGUAAUUUUACUGCUUCGACUGCUACUGUUCACUGCCUUGCAAAGCAUUGAAUCGCCGUUAUACGCUGCGGGUAAUCUGAUGACAAAAUCCGAUACAUUUUCAAGUAUGAAUGCUUGC